CCCUAUCUGUCCAGCCUGAGGCUGAGGUGAAGGCUACCCUAGUGGAAAAGGACCCUUGAUUUGUCCUUGGCCCCAGAAAGCCCCUGGCAUAACGGGUCUUGAACUAUAUCAUUGGUGGAGUGGCCGUUCAACGUGUUGGCUAACUUCCUGCAACCUUUUACUCCGGUUUCUUGGACCCUUACCUAGGGCAGUAAGCGCCUCGUCGUCGACUGCUGUAGUACCUGGCCUCAAUAAAGCUAAGGUGCUCGACGCCCUGCAAGGCUGCGAGUUGCCGAAAAUCCAGGUCCCAAGCUUCCCGUCUUUCUUUUUCGGGAGCAGGACCCAAUCAUCUAGUCGUCUAUUUUCUUGCGUUACUUUUGCGAAACCACUUGGUGUUCAACAUGUCUGCUCCGAGCGAGAAGAGUGUUGGUAAGGGUGCGGCGGACACCGGCUUGAGACGGACGUUAUCCGGCUCCGUCCAGCACGGUGAAGCCGACUCUGAUGCCGACUCGGCGCUCCGUGAGUUCUACACGGGUGCCGUGAAUGAGAACUACCGUAUGAAGUCAGAGCUCAUUGCAAAACACCUGGGAGCCAUUGGCAUGGGAAAGUUCCAGUGGAUUCUGUUUGUCGUGAAUGGCUUUGGCUGGAUUGUCGAUAACUUCUGGUCCCAGGGCAUCACGGCCAUUCGACCGCCGGUCGGCAAUGAGUUCAUAGACAUUGCGCGCCUUAGCUUCAGCUCCGUAGCCUAUUACGUCGGCCUGAUCGUCGGAGCCUCCUUCUGGGGUACGACUGCUGAUCUCAUCGGCCGCAAGCCGGCAUUCAACGCGACCAUCCUGUACGGCGGCGUCUUUGCAUGCGCUGUGGCUGGAGUCCGGAACUUUACCGGCUUCUGCAUCCUCUGGACGAUCAUUGGCACCGCAGCCGGAGGCAACGUCCCCGUCGACAGCGUCGUCUUUCUGGAGUUCGUGCCGCAAACCUAUCAAUGGCUGCUCGUUAGUCUGUCAGCGUGGUGGAACUUGGGACAGGUCAUUGUCUCCCUGCUCGCUUGGUUGUUCCUGUCACACUUUGCGUGUCCUUCGGCGAACGCUCCGUGUCGCAUGCAGGACAACAUGGGUUGGCGGUACCUCAUGAUUACUCUCGGCGGCAUCGCCAUUGCUUUCGGCUUGAUUCGAAUCGUCGUUUUCAAAAUCCCCGAGUCGCCGAAGUUCCUUAUCUCAAAGGGCCGCGACGCCGAGGCCGUCGAGGCCGUGAACUACAUUGCCCGAUACAACGGUCGCCCUGAGACUCUGACUCUUGACAUGCUCCAGGCCAUUGACAGACGCUGCAAUGGAACCGCGGCCUCGGACGACUGCACGAGCAGCAGUGUCGCCCCGGUAGACGCCGACGUGGCCCCGCGAGGGUCCAAACUGUCGCACAUGGACAUCCUGAGGGAGAGCUUCAGGGACUACAACGCCGACAACUACAAGAAAUUGUUUGCCGGCAAGAAGAUGGCGCAACACACCUCGGUGACUUUCCUCGUCUGGCUCACCGUCGGUGUGGCAUACCCGCUGUACUUUGCCUUUAUUCCGUCGUACUUGGAGACCAAGUCGUCGUAUUCCGCGAACACGUCUUUGGACCACACUUACAUGGUCUACUGCAUCGUGUCCUCGGCCGGGGUGACUGGUCCGAUAGCCGCCGGCUUCUGCGUCGAGACACGCUUCGGCCGUCGGUGGAUGAUGGCGGGCUCUGCCGUAUUGACCGGGGCCUUCCUCUUCGCCUACACGGCCGUCGGAACCGAAGCUGCUGACGUUGGCUUCCAGUGUGCCACCGCGAUUCUCGGAAACUUUGAAUAUGCCAUCAUGUACGCAUUCACACCCGAGUCCUUUCCUGGCCCCGUUCGUGGGACAGGCACAGGAAUCGCUGCCACGCUCCUUCGUCUGGGCGGUCUUGUGGCAUCGUUUGUGUCAACAUACGCCGGGUACACUGUGGUGCCGAUAUACGCCAGUGCGGCAUUAUGGGUACUGGUCGGCGGUUUCUGCUUCGGACUUCCUUAUGAGACCCACGGGCAUGCUUCUAUUUAGUCGUUCUAUCUAUGUCUGAUGACAGCCCUAUCCACUUGUAGAGCAUAUACCCAAACACAUGAGAAUUCUUCGAUUCUGGAAAACGACUCGCUUUGAAUAUGCGUUUAUCUGCAUUCGUCUCCAACGAAACAAUACUAGGGCGACCACUCGUGAUCUUGGGCUCCAGGUAAAGCCAAACUCCCGUUGGCAACGGGGAAAGAGAAGAAAGAGAAAGAGAAAAUGCCCCCGGCUUCUCUGCUCCAUAGGAGGGUCAUUCCAACUCCUUAGAUAACCCUCUCCUCACGUCACACAAUC